AUGUCCCGUUGCAACUCAGCAGGUGAUGCAGUGUCGAAGCUGCCAGGGGCCACUCUUGACUCAGUGCUAGAAAAUUCUCAUGCGAGCACGCUGUGCCUGCCCUGGGAGCAAGGGGUCUUUGCAGACAUCUUCGGAGACUCAUCAAGCAGCGCAGUUCCUAGCAUUCCGAGGCAUGCUGAGGCUAGGGAAUCCCUUCAGGAGAGCAGUGCACUUCCUGCUGAUAAGCCUGCCUCUCUGCUUCCGUCGCAUCCUAGUGCGGCGAGUUGCGAGCAAAUCUUCUUGAAGUUUGCAGUGCGUGCAGUGAAUCGAAGAUCCCGACUGAGCGAUGACGACAUCUUUGAGCUUCAUGUGCAGAGGUUCGAAUUGGUGUUGGCCCAUGCUUAUGAGGCUUCCAUUCUUGGACGAGGCUUCAAAGAUGAUAUCCUUGAGAGGAGGCAGCACAAAGCUCGUCUUGCUCUAGGUGGCAAGGCGCCCCGUACCUUGCAGAAGCGCUUUGGCCAGGUUUCUCCCAUUGAUGCUCAGAUUGUUGAGGAGUACCUUCGCUUCCUGUGUGAAACCGCCUGCAAGCACUCCGUGCUGACUGGUGCCAUAGAGUGCUUUGCCUUCCUCCACCAUGUGCUGGGAGUUGACAUGGACCCAGGUGCUUGUAAGACUCCAAUUGUGCAAGGCAUCUUGCGGAAAGCCAGGCUUGAGCGGCCGGAGAAGCAUCAAGCCCGGCCUCUUCUUGUUCUCGAGGUGCUGGCUUUGGAGGCGGCUCUCGUGGACCCGACCAUUUCUGCCAUAGACCGCUUCUGCAUAGGUGCAUUCCUCUUCGCACUUUACGGGAGGGCCAGAUUGGGAGAUCUUAAGAUUUUGGAUUGCUUCCUGCUUGAUCUUCUUGAUGACUCUGGUGACAGCUGUGGUUAUCUUGAGGCUCUGUCGCUCUCUCACAAGUGUAGGAGUGUCAGCAACAGCACGGGCAUGCGCAUGCAUAUCGUCGUGCCAGCCAAAGGCAUAGGUCCACGAUCGUGGGGCAAGGACUUUCUUGCCGUGGCUAGGGAGUGCAGCAGAGAUCUGUCGGAGCUCAAGAGUGGUGAGCCGCUGCUUUACCUCCCCAACACCCAAGGGGGCUUUUCCAAUGUGUCAGCUGAGACGGACAGCUUUGCCCAGUGGCUGCAGGACAUCCUAUCUGCUCUGCCGGGCUACUCGGGUGAGAGGGCAGUCGGCGAGGCAUCUGUGGACAACAGUGAUUGCAUGCCUUCUUUCUCCUUCCCUCCUUCUCCCCCUGCUGUUUUGCCCGAGCAGCCUGAUGACGCAUUCUUUCCUUCGCCUUGCCCCCACAGCGAGCCCCUUGAUACAGAAGAGGCGGCAGAAGCUUGGCUUAGUGAGAGAGCUUGGUAUGCCGAGGCAGCGCCUUUCUCUGAGGACAAUCUUGGAGAGGGUCCAAUCGAGGAGCCUGCAGAUUGCAGCGGAGGCGAGAGCGGUUCCUCCAGCAGUGAUUCGUCUUCUGAAGCUUCGAUCGAUGAGAAAGUCCAAGCAUCGGGGGAUCGUGCCGGUGAGCUCCAGCCUAGGAAG